AUGGGCCCUACUGACACGGGGAAGACCACAUUUAUCGACCGCGCAGUCAGAAGUCCCGAUGUGGGCCGCCGAUCGACUUCCUGCACAAAGGAAGUGUGCCCUGUCCGAUAUGCUCACCCCGAUGGCGUUCGCAACGUUGUUUUGGUCGAUACCCCAGGGUGCAAUAAUUCAUUCAUGACAGAUUUCGAGGUUCUUUGGAAAAUUGCAGAUUGGCUGGAAGCGGUGUAUAGAAAAGGCGUCAAAUUGAGCGGUAUCCUAUAUUUCCAUCGGAUUUCAGACACCAGCAUUCAAGAAGCGCCUUCAAGGAACUACAACAUCUUCAAAGAACUAUGUGGAAAAGACAACUGCAAGAAUGUCAUAUUCGUUACCACGAUGUGGGAUCAAGUAUGGGAAGAGAUCGGCUCGGAACGCGAACAGGAUCUACAGUCUGACUUCUGGCAGGCGAUGAUCCGUUUAGGAUCAACCACUCGCCGCUUCGAAGGGACCACCGAAUCUGCUCGGGAUAUAAUUAAUUCGGUUUCAAUUUCACGGCCGGCUGAGCGUCGCCCGCUUCAAAUCCAACGGGAAAUAGUAGAUAAACACCUACCACUUGAUAGAACGUCUGCAGGAAAAACGGUUUCCAGGCUUCUC